UAAGUUCCUACCUACUAAACUAAGAUACUACGAAUACUCCAUGCUGAAUUACUGGUGACUGGUCCAGCUAAGCUUGUAUUACUGUGAAUCCUACCUACUUCUAUUCUCUCUUCCACUCCCUUCCCCCUCAAACACCCCAUUCUUACUGCUUUUAACACUUUGCCAUCCACUCUUCGCAUUCUCAUGCUGUCCAGUCACGGCUCUUGAAUCACCUUCUACAACUGUGUCCGCUCCUGAUCUUGAUCGCUCAGCGUCUUCUGAGCUUCCUUAUCCUUCCCUUUCCUCCCCCAUAACACAACCCCUCCUUUCACCGACUGAGCGGCUUUCUCCACAACCAUGACCGCUGGACUCAAAACAAUCAUCGCCCUCUCCUUUGUUCUUGCCAUUGGGUUUCUCCUUGUCAUCCUUUCCUCGGCUCUCUGGCACAACUUCCUACCGCUGAUCGUUGUUGCGACUUACGUUGUCGCUCCCCUGCCCAACUGGAUCUGCUCACGAUGCGCCAAUCCCGAUGACUUUAUGGAUAGCUCCGGCAACGCUGCUGCCGACUUUGGCCGCUUCAUGACCGGUUUCUUGGUACUGAUGGGUAUUGCUCUCCCGGCCGUCCUUGCGCAUUGCGGUGCGAUUGAGAUUCCCGCCAUGAUUAUGUCGAUCAUCGGAGGUCUUCUCAUCUACGGUACUAUCAUCAGCUUCUCCAUGUUUUUCAAGGAGCAAGAAGACUUUUGAGAGCCGGGAAAGGUGUUUUCUGGCAGGGCAGGCUUCGCGUUGGAUAUCACUCUGCCGAUUGUUUUGAUCGACCUACCAUGGACUCCUUCCCCAUGUGUCUAGCAGCCAACUCUCUCACCCUUUACGACCUUUCCAUUUUCAUGUAUGGUUUGAUUAGGAGUAUUGCUGUGAUUCUGCGUGUUUACGGGUCUAUUCGAUUUUGUUUCUGUUUGUUCGGCGAUAAGGUUAAUGUAUUAUAGCCAUCAUGCAAUUAUAGAGAAUAUUGGCAGUACAGACCUUAUCUCA